GAGAACGCAAGGACAAGGGCAGGCCCUGGAGCACAGAUGCCUUCUCCUUAUGCCUUCCCUGUGUUCACUAGAGCCAUCCCCCUGCCUCCGGAAUUCCCACAGAUGGAUCGCUCUGUGGCUUCUUAAAACUUCCCUGCAGGGCACUGACCCUCAGCCCCUCUAAGUCACUUCUUCCCCAGUGAUUGUACUUUUCAAUCGGGCUUCAAACUUUCCUCUCAUUAAAUCAGCAAGCACUUUCCAAGAAAAGAGAGAUGCUCAAGAUGCCUUCCUGUGUGCCCUGCUUUCCCCAGGCCGAGCCGAGGCUGGCAACCUUUUGAAAAUGUUUUCUGGAGAAAAGCUGAGCAAUGGUUUUGCCAUGGGCGGGCCUUUGAUCUGCUUCCUCAUGACAACCCUUUAUAUAUUGCCUGGUGGCCAUGGCGAACACACCAGGCUCCAGAGACCACAGGCAAAGCGGGCCUUCCUCACUCUCUUACCGUCGCCAUGAUCUUCCACACAGGAACAACGAAGCCUACCCUGGUGCUGCUUUGCUGUAUAGGAACCUGGCUGGCCACCUGCAGCUUGUCCUUCGGUGCCCCAAUAUCGAAGGAAGACUUAAGAACUACAAUUGACCUCUUGAAACAAGAGUCUCAGGAUCUUUAUAACAACUAUAGCAUAAAGCAGGCAUCUGGGAUGUCAGCAGACGAAUCAAUACAGCUGCCGUGUUUCAGCCUGGACCGGGAAGCAUUAACCAACAUCUCGGUCAUCAUAGCACAUCUGGAGAAAGUCAAAGUGUUGAGCGAGAACACAGUAGAUACUUCUUGGGUGAUAAGAUGGCUAACAAACAUCAGCUGUUUCAACCCACUGAAUUUAAACAUUUCUGUGCCUGGAAAUACUGAUGAAUCCUAUGAUUGUAAAGUGUUCGUGCUUACGGUUUUAAAGCAGUUCUCAAACUGCAUGGCAGAACUGCAGGCUAAGGACAAUACUACAUGCUGAGUGAUGGGGGGGGGGGGGUGCAGUGUCCUCAGCAGUGCCUGUCCUUCGAGGGCUGAGCUUGCAACCCAGGACUUAACUCCAAAGGGACUGUGCGGUCAUUACUAGUCAUGUUAUUUAUGUUUUUAUUUUGUCCACUGAAAUCUUGUUCUGCUACCCUGUAGGGACUGGAAGUGGCAGCUAUAUUUAUUUAUUUAUGUACUGAGUUUGUUAACGCUCCAUGGAGGAGCCUUCAGAGUCUAUUUAAUAAAUUAUAUUGACAUGAUCACA